CCCCUUUGUUUGUAUCAUUCUCCAUUUGUCAACCACCAUUUUUCACACACUGAAAGUCCUCUUCGACAGCAAAUCCACCCAACAUUAAAAAACCAGUUGCAAGUUGCAACUCUCUCUCUCUCUCUCUCUCUCUCUUACACAGCUCCUUUUAAUAAUCUUUCUGAUGACAUACCAUAAAGAAUGAGUACUGUGCUAAUGGAGUCUCUUCUGACAUUGUAUCUCCUCUACUCCCUUCUUCUUCUUCUGCCGCUUCUGCCCAGCUCUUCGUCGUUCCCUCUAUGCACAAAUUCUUGGGCACCUAAAACCCUAAAGACGCCAUUGACCUUCUGCUCUUAUACGGGAAGCAGCUGCUGCAAUGCAACCGACGACGCCGCGUUGCAGAAGCAGUUCAGUUCCAUGAAUAUCUCUGAUUCUACUUGUGGAUCUAUUGUCAAAUCUAUACUCUGCACGAAAUGUAAUCCAUAUUCAGCAGAUCUCUUCACCACUGAACCAAACAUUCAAAUGGUUCCUGUUCUGUGCAACUCAACCUCUUCCAUCACCUCUUCCCAGUCCAGCAAAGUAGCUUCCGGAGAUUUCUGCACGCAGGUCUGGGAUUCUUGCAAAGACGUAUCCAUACGGAACUCUCCGUUUGCCGCCUCAUUACAGGGCAGAGCUGGAACUUCAGUUUCAUCUUCCAGACUCUCAGAUCUCUGGCAAUCUGAAACCGACUUCUGCAAAGCUUUUGGAGGCUCCGCCGGCAGUGAAUCGGUUUGUUUCGACGGGCAAUCCGCUUCGUUUAAUAGCACGGCGGAUUCCGCUGCUCCCAAAGGCAUCUGUCUCGAGAAGCUUGGGAAUGGAUCGUAUCUUAGUAUGGUGCCUCACCCCGACGGCUCAAAUCGAGUCUUCUUGUCGGAUCAAGCGGGUAAGAUCUGGCUGGCGAAAGUUCCUGCUGCAGGAUCUGGUGGAACCCUGGAUUUCAAUGAGUCCAGUACUUUCCUUGAUAUUACUGAUAUGGUUCAUUAUGAUACUGCAUUUGGAGUGAUGGGUCUGGCUUUUCAUCCAAACUUCAAGAACAAUGGACGCUUCUUCGUUUCGUAUAACUGUGAUAAGACGCAGACGGCGAGCUGUUCGGGAAGGUGUUCCUGCAACUCCGACGUGGAUUGCGAUCCUUCGAAGCUUGGUUUGAGCGAUGGCGCUCAACCUUGCAGAUAUCAAAGUGUUAUUUCAGAGUUCACUGUCAAUGGAUCCUCAGUAACACCUUCAGAGGCAUCAUUUGCUGCCCCUUCUGAAGUAAGAAGGAUUUUCACCAUGGGGCUUCCAUAUUCAGAACACCAUGGAGGGCAAAUUCUCUUUGGACCGGAAGAUGGGUAUUUAUACUUUAUGAUGGGGGAUGGUGGGAACGACGGCGAUCCGUUCAAUUUUGCGCAGAAUAAAAAAUCUCUGCUGGGUAAAAUUAUGCGGCUCGAUGUCAAUAACAUACCAAGUUCAAGUGAGAUAAUUGAUCUUGGGCUAUGGGGAAACUAUUCAAUUCCAGAAGACAACCCUUAUGCUGAAGAUAGUGAGUUGCAGGCUGAGAUUUGGGCUGUAGGUCUGAGAAAUCCAUGGCGGUGCAGCUUUGAUGCAUCGCGGCCUUCUUACUUCUACUGCGGAGAUGUCGGGCAGGAAGCAUAUGAGGAAGUUGAUUUGAUCUCAAAGGGAGGGAACUAUGGAUGGCGUGUUUAUGAGGGUCCUUACCUCUACAAAUCAAAGUGGACUCCAGGUGGAAAUACCUCCCUAAGCUCUAUAAAUCCAAUCUCUCCUGUGAUGGGAUAUAAUCACUCCUCUGUGAAUACAAAUGUUGGAUCUGCUUCCAUUUCUGGUGGCUAUGUCUAUAGAGCAAAAGCUGAUCCAUGCUUGUAUGGAAGGUACUUGUAUGCUGAUCUCUAUGGUUUAGAAAUGUGGGCAGGCAUGGAGAACCCAAAGAACAGUGGAAACUACAACAGCUCGGCAUUGCCGUUCGACUGUGCGAAAAACACUCCCAUCGCCUGUGAUCCCGUCGAAGGCAGCCGCCUCCCAUCUCUGGGCAUCGUCUACUCCUUCGCGGAGGACAACGAAAGGGAUGUCUAUCUUCUUGCAAGCAAGGGAGUCUACAGAAUAGUCAGGCCAAGCCUCUGCAACUAUAGUUGCCCACAAGAGAAAUAUAUAGAUAAUGGAGCUCCACCCCCUGGCUCUCCUUCCUCCUCUUCCACAUGUCUUUCCGGAAACCUUCUAAUGAAGCUGAUUCUUCUUCUUGUGUGUUUAAUCUUUUUGUUAAGUUGUUAUUAGAAUUUGAAGUGUGUGGUGUCUUUCUCCAUCUGUGUAGCGUAGAAGGAAAUAUUACGUGCAGAUAACGUACAUCACAAUAUCACCGAACCUGCACCUAUUAUGUCUGCGCGUAAUAUUUCUUCGUAGGAUAGAAAGUUUACUCGUAUUGAACCAGGCGUAGAUUUUGAUGUUUGUAUGUAUGUAUGAGUGAAACUUAUCUUUUAAGUUUUUGGAUUUCCUGUAAAUCCUGUCUGGUCUAUCUAACUUUUGCUAAGUGAUGAGAGAGCAAGAUGUUUACCAGUUUAAUA